AUGAAUGGCCUGGACACGUCAUCACCUUCCUCGCUCUAAAACCCUAACUCCCCAGAAACCCUAACUUUCUUUUUCCUCCGCAAAAGAAAAAACUCAGAAGCUUAGCCAUGGCGAUUCCUAGCGACGCUGGCUCGGAAGCGCUUCAUCGCCUGAAGACGACCGACCCUCCGCAGUGGCUGGCGCCGAGCGCCGCGCUCUCCCAGACCGCUCGCGCCGCGUCGCAGCACCUCUUCUCGUCUCUCAGGCCGUACGCUCCCAAAACUCCGUUCGAGCAGCUCCUGGUCGAGGGCUUCGACGCCGAGCAGAUAUGGCAGCAACUCGAUCUCCAGUCGCAGCCUCUCCUGUCGAGCAUCCGCCGGGAAUUAAAGCGGUUCGAGAAGGAUCCGGAGGAGAUUCGGAAGCUGAGAGUGGCCAUGGAAGGCAAAGAGAGAGAGAAGGGUUUGGAAGAUGAGGUAGAGAAAAUGGAAGUGGAAAGUGAUGAUUUUGGUGAGGAUUUAGAGGAUUUGGAAGAAGAAGAAGAACAACAACAGCAAAAAGAAGGAAAGGAAGAUGAAGACGAAGACGAGGACGAGGACGAGGACGAAGAAGGUGAAGAGGGAAAUGAAGGGGGUGGAAUUGAGGAUCGGUUUUUGAAGAUGAAGGAUUUGGAGAAGUUUUUGAAGGAGGAUGAGGAGAGGGAAUAUGGAUCAAAGAAGAAAGACAAGAAGAAGAAGAAAGUUGAUGAUGGGGAUCAAGAGGAGAAUACUGAAAAAGAAGAAGAAGAAGAAGAAGCAGGGGAUGAUGAAGAUGAAAAUGGAGAUGGAGAAGACGAGGAUGAGGACAGUGAGGAGAUGGGAGAAUUUGGGCUUGAUGAUGAUGAAGACGAAGACACGGACGAGUUGGGAAAUGCAAGAUACGAAGAUUUCUUUGGUGGUAAGAAGAAAAAGCCAUCCAAGAAAAAAUCCAAGUUGACUGGUGAUUUGGAAGGUUCGGGCAUGGAUGAUGACGGUGAAGAUGAUGAGAAGCAACAGACUCUUUCUACUCACGAAAAGGAGCUUGCGAAGCGUAAAUUGAAAAUAGAGCAGAUGGAGAAGUCGAACUUAGAGCCGAAGACUUGGACCAUGCAAGGAGAGGUAACUGCUGCAAAAAGGCCGAAGAAUAGUGCAUUGGAAGUUGAUUUAGAUUUUGAGCAUAAUAUGAGACCCCCGCCUGUCAUUACAGAGGAGGUUACAGCUUCUCUCGAAGAUAUAAUCAAGAAGAGAAUUCUCGAGGGGCAUUUUGACGAUGUCGAAAAGCCACCUGCUUUACCCUCCAAAGCACCUAGAGAAGUUAAAGAGUUGGAUGAGAAUAAGAGCAAGAAGGGUCUGGCUGAAAUUUACGAGGAAGAGUAUGCUCAGAAGACAAAUUUAGCCUCUAUGCCAUUGUCGUUUGCAGAAGAGGAGAAGAAAGAGGCGAGCAUGCUGUUCAAGAAACUUUGCUUGAAAUUGGAUGCUCUUUCUCAUUUUCACUUCACUCCCAAACCGGUUAUUGAGGAUAUGUCUAUACAAGCAAAUGUCCCUGCUCUGGCCAUGGAGGAGAUCGCACCGCUGGCAGUCUCUGAUGCAGCAAUGUUAGCUCCUGAGGAAGUAUUCGCUGGCAAAGGUGAUAUUAAAGAAGAAUCAGAACUAACACAGGCAGAGAGAAAGCGGAGACGAGCUAACAAGAAAAGGAAAUUCAAAGCUGAGGCAGCAAAGAGAACUGCAAAUAAACCCCAGGAUGGCACAUUGCUAAACAAUAAUGACGCUGUGGCAGAAAAAAAGGAUGACGAAGAAGGCGCGGGAGUAGCACGAUAAACCAAAACAAAACGACACAUUUGAUGACUAAUUUAUCAACAAAUAAUUUCCUUGGAAACCAUCAUCCUUGAAAUUGAGGCAAUGGAGGGUUAUGAGAUGCUGUACUCAAAAUUAAAUAAGUUUCGAGGGCGGCUAAAGGAAGUUGAAAAGAAAGGGAGAAAAGAUGGAGGAGCUGGGAUUGGUAAUUAUUGCUAUUUCUGAACAGAGAAGCCCUUGGAAGGGAAUAUGAAAAUUGUUGCAAGAUAUAGGUUUUAAGGAAACUUGACAUAAAGAGUUGGCACAUUUUUUGGCUUUUUUCCCCGUUUAGAUUAGAAUGCAAAGAUAAAAUUUUGGUAGAGGCGAAAAUGAUUUAGUAUUGACUUAUAUAUAGUUAUCAUUGUAAUCAAAGCAGUAAAUUAUUUCCUGUGUCACACACUUGUAUUCAAUUUUGCUAUUCAUGCCAGUCAAAUGACAGAGGUUAUGAAAUCCUUAAUUUUGAUGUACGGGCAAA